GACAAUUGUUGGCGCAGGGUCUUGUGUUGGGAGGUGAUACGCUGACUUUUGGUACAUCUUUUUGGAGGGGUAUUAGGAACUAGUUGUGAAAAGUGUAUCCGGCGGUGUAAAAUAAGCUAUAAUAUGGGAGCAGCUCAUUCAACUGAACCACGCUCAGUGUCGAUGGACAACCCCAAUUCCGGAGUUAUUGAUGUUUCGGACGAGGUUGUGCAACGUCUUAAACGAGGGAUAAGCAAACAAGCUAAAGAAAAUGCCGCUUCUGCUGUUGCAUCUGAACCACAGACACCACUUCCAAAAAAAGAUGUUCCCCCUACUCCAGUAAAACCGACAGUAGCACCAGUACCUGUGCCUCCAACAGUUGUUUACCAAGCACCACCAACAGUUUACGUUGCUCCCAGUGGAACAACAAUUACUGCAGCUGAUAUGGCACGCCAAAAAGAGGCAGAACUGAAACAAAACGAUGCCAUGUGGCGUCAGCGUUUGGCUGAUCUUGAAAAAGCGCUGAAGAAAACGAAUGCAAUUAUGGAAAAGGAGUACUCGUCAGCGGUCGAAGAUGUCCGCCAACGUUUCGCUACUGCUUCUCCUGUACACCAACUGCCACCAUGUCAGGAUCUUAAGGCUCAAGUCAUCGCUUGCUAUCGCGCAAAUCCAGGACAGACAUUACAAUGUUCCAGUGAAGUAGCUGCCUUUAGAGAGUGUGUUAAUUUGAACCGUAUCAAAAAACUUGAUUCAGAGGAGAAUAAACCAGCUGCAAAAGCAGCAUAAGCGAAGUUGCGGCUUUAGAUGGAUUAGUGUUAAAUAACAGAUUGUGGAUUAUUACAAAUUUCUGCGCUACCGAACGUUUUUAAUUUUGCCUUUCAUAAAGUAAGUCUAAAUAUGUUAAUUUUAAAAGCUUCAGAUUUUGUCAGACACCGUGUAAAAAUGCGAAAAAAGUA